CAGUGAACCGGGGGUAACAAACCGGGAAAAAAAAAACAAAUUAAAGACGCGAGGCAGCAUUUCACCGUUUUCUCCGCCGCUUUGUAAAUUGAAAGCAAAAUUGAUCCGCGUUUCAGUUUUCUCUCACAGUCGAAAUGGCUGAAAACGCCGAAAGUGCUUCCAAGAAACACGACUUCCAAAACAUACUCUCACUUUUGCCCAAAAUUGAGCUCAAGCUUCCUUUCUUUAACAAAGAACCGAAACAAGUAGAGCCAGCUGGCGUUAAAAAGAGUCAGAAAACGAGUGUAGAACGUGAAAACGUAAGUGUGAAGCCGAACUUGGUGAGGUUUCCGGACCGUCAGAUGAUUCCGGCAAAGUUGGAGUUCGAGGCUGAAGAGCCGGCCGGAAGGACUUCCAACCCUGUCGUUCUCUGGCAGGUUUAUGCUCUUGGAGGGAUUCUUGUUCUGAGGUGGGUAUGGGCAAGGUGGAAGGAGAGGAAGGAGCGGGCAGGGAAAAAGGAUUCAUCUGAUGACAACAAUGACACUCCAGCUAAUGAUGAUGAUGAUCAUCAUUCAGCAUGAUAUAGUUAUUUACUUGGGUAAAUCGAAAAUACAAUAUUGACAAAAGAUUUUUCUUCGCUAUGUUAACGUGGAAAUUAGUUUAGUUAAUGAACAAUGAAGUCUACCCCCAUGUUUUUUCUUAUUUUUUUCAUCCUUCUUGUACCUAAGAAUAGUUCUGAAAUUGUCACAGGGCUUGGACUUUUUACAUUGCAUUCUUGUUGGCCAAACUGUUAAAUGAACUUGAAUGUGCUAUGGUCCUUGAUAGUUAGAAAUAUUAAACACCCAAUUUAUCAAAA